AUGUCGAGUCUUAAGUCUUCAUUUACAGUAGGAAUAUUUUAGUCUUUAAGUUUUUGCGGGUUGAGAUAGAAGAUUUUAAAAAAUAUUGCCUUUUAACCACCGAAAGUGAGUUACUCUUUGAAACCGAGAUCAGACGAUUAGAUGACAAAGAGUACCUUAACAAAUACUUCCUCACUAUAAGUUAUUGACAUAGAUAAUGAGAUGCGAUAGAAAUCUAAAUCCUAUGAUGAUGAAAACAUUCAUCAAUUGGGCUUGUUAGAUUUGGCAGACGAGCUCCUGUAGUUUACAAGUGAAUCCUUAAGCCCAUUGCGAGAGAAAAUAACCGAACCCGCUUAUGACUUUUAUUUAAUUGAUGAACAAGGUUAAGAAAUUCCAAUUCCCAAAUAAGAAAAUUUAGAACUGACUGGAUAUUUCUUAAAAGGAAGGAAAGGACAUCGAAUUGCUUCUCUAUACAUAAAGUGUUUAUUUCCAAUGAGUGAUUACGUGAUGUUGUUCAGCCAUGGAAAUGCCAGUGAUUUAGGUUACAUGAUUGAUACAUUAAUUGACCUUUGCAACAAUUUAAGAAUAAACAUAUUUGCUUAUGAGUAUUCAGGCUACGGACUUUCACAAGGCAAAUGCACAGAUCUCAAUAUCAUCAAUAACAUCUAAGUGGCUUAUGAUUUUUUGGUUUCAUAAAUGAAGUUUGAUCCAACGAAAAUAAUUGUUUAUGGUUAUAGCAUUGGAUCAGGACCCAGCGUAAUGUUAGUAUCUGAUAUUGAAUUCCCGGUUGGUGGUUUGGUAGUACAUUCUGGUCUAAGUUCAGGGUUGAGAGUAGUAAAUAGCAAGUUAAAGUCAACUCCAUUUUAUGAUAUCUUUCCAAAUGUAGAUAGAAUAAAGGAUGUCACGUGUCCUGUAUUUAUAAUGCAUGGGAAAGAGGAUGAGGUAAUUGAUUUGCAUAAUGCCACUUUAUUGUCUAACAAUUGUCAAAGAUUGUAUGAAUAUUGGGAAGUUGAAAAUAUUGGACAUUAAGGAAUUGACACAAAUGAUGAGCAUCGCAAAAAUUAUUUCUAUAAAUUAAGGGAUUUCAUUAAAUUAAUUCAAAAGGAGAAUCAAACAAUCAAGGAACUCAAACAAAGAAACACUGCUAGUCCUAAAUCAAAUGGGUAGUAUAACCAUUACUAUGAUAAUAAGAUAAGGGAGUUUCAUUUAAAUUGUAAGAAGGUCGAAGAUUCUGAUUCUCCUUCGAAAAAAUUUCGUUGA